AUGGCGCCCACAUUCAUCACCCGCCGCGAGGACGAAGGCGGCCCCAUCAACUGGGCCGCGCUCCAUGCAUCGUACAUUGCCGCCGGCGUCGUCGUUGGCUUCUUCAUCCUGCUUCUCGCCUGUAUGAUGAUUUGGGGCCCCGGCUGGUAUAGGCGUCGCCGUGCCAAGCUUGCGGCACUGGAGCGUGCCCGGCUCGAGCAGCAAGACGGCAUUCCCCUCUCUCCCACAUCCACCCAGGCCGGCGACUCUCAGCCAAAGACAGUUCACCCGGAACAGCAGCCUGCCACGACACCCGUUGCUGCUCCAGAGACCACUAGCACACCCGCCAAGGAUACUGUUCAACCCACGACGACCGCCGAAGCCGUUCCCGAGGCCAACAAGAGGCUAUAA